UUCCUUAUAUCUUACACUUGAAACUUUAGACAUGUAAUCGUAACUAAUAAGAAUAAAUUAACAAAAAAAUGCUGUUUUUUUAGACUGUUGCUUUUGACAAUAGUCAUUAGAAGAUACCUUAUGCCUUAUGUAAUGAGAAUAAAGUGCCGUUGCAAUUCAUAUAUUAUUCUCUGUUGAAUGGAGUUCAAAGGAACAGGGAAACGUUUCCUUAGAAACGAGCGAAUACAUUGGAGGAAGAUAAUGUCCUCGUGAUCCGUUUCUCAUUGAAAUAUAAUUCUUCGCCUAACCUGCGAUCAAUCUUUCGUUUAAAGCAAAAUCGUGUCGCGUUAUUCGCGACGAAAAUCGAAAUGGACGCAAAUUGUGCGCCUUCUCUCCUCUCGAAGUUUACAUUGAACGAGUGGCAUUCUAACAAUCAGUUCAGGUACCGAUGCGCUGAAGCACAACAGGAAUCAUCAGACCGUAUCUUAGUUGAAGCAACGCGCGCGUGCGAAUUGGCCGCGGAAAUUGUGAAAGCUAAUAAGGAGGAGACGGAUCAUCGUCUGCAAGAAAAACUUAACGACAUCGAAUUUCGUAAGAAGGAAUUGCUGCGGAUCAGAAAGGACGUUGUCUUGGAAAUCGACGCGCUGUCGAUGUAUAAAGAACGUCUUACAGACGCGUUAAAGUCCAUAAAAAGAAACGCUCUCGCAAUUUGCGAAAACUGUCUCAUUGCCAGGGAAUGUAGAUUGGGAAUCGAUUUAGUUCACGACGACGUGGAAAAGAAUUUGUUGAAAGAGCGCGAGGUCAUCCAAAGAGCGGAGAGCUUGUUGGAUCAAAUUUGGAAAGAAACCGGCGAACAAAUUCGCAAAACGAAGGCUACAUUGUAUUAUAUCGAUCACGAUCUCGAGAAUAAGGAGAGCAAUUUGCAUAUCGAUCGUUAUAAUAUAAAUUUGAAGGAGACUGACUUUAAUUUGAGUAUCUAUCACGGUACUUCGCCUCUCGAUAAAUCAGCGGCGACGUUAAAUGAAUGGGAACUUCAAACGAACAGCAAUGUUAUUAGCGCAAAUAAAGAGGUGAAUAGCACAAAACGAUUACGUUGUUAUAUCGACGCGAUGAUUAAGCAAACGGUUGAUGAUCUAACAAAACAAAAAGAUGUCACAAAUGAGGCUUUCAGGCAACGUAUCGAGCAGACCCGAGAAGCUAAAAUCAAAUUGGAACUUCAACACUCGGAGAUAAUCAAACAAAUUAACGCCAUGUCAAGUAAUAUAGCGCGCAUAAAAAGAUCUAUAGUUGAUAAGGAAGGUUAUAUGGCUCUGGCUCACACGAGAUUAGGACAUCGAUGUCAACGUCCAGGAAUGGAACUUACUCAAGACUUGGUUGAGGCUAAUCUUGUCAAGGAAAUACACGAAUUACGAAAUGUCGUAGCGAAUCUACAGCAAAUGCUUUGCGAGGCGGAAGCAUCAUUACGUUACUUGCUCAAGACACAAAUUCAACUCGAGGAGGAUAUUAACGUGAAGACGAACACUUUGAAAAUUGACGAGGUCGACUGCAUGACUUUACGUCAAAGUAUGGACUAUCACGCGUAUUAACAUGAUUAUUAUUAAAAUAAUCGUAUUCACCAUUUUUCUCCAUCAAUCUCUUUUUUAUACUUAUCUAAAUUUUUGUGCUAUUAAACUUGUACACUUACACAUUCUGUCUAAAAAAUAAAGAAAAGUAUAUA